GGUCGGCCAUCAACCCCCGGGUUCACACCGAGACAGUGGAUAGUCGGCCACCGGCUCUCCGGGACAGAAGCUGCUGUGGAUUAUGGCGGAUGGCGGUGAGGAACCUGAUCAAAUCCGCUUGAAGUCGCUGAAAUAUGAAGGGAGCUUCACGGUGCCGACGGAGGACAAGCUGGGAAGAAGCAGAAGUGUGAAAGAAUUUGUAAAAUUAAAUCGCAUUGGUGAAGGAACCUAUGGUAUUGUGUACCGAGCUCAUGAUACAAAAAGUGAUGAAAUUGUUGCCCUUAAGAAGGUUCGAAUGGAUAAAGAGAGGGAUGGAAUCCCCAUAAGUAGCUUGAGAGAGAUUAAUCUGCUCCUUAAACUGCGGCACCCUAAUAUUGUGGAGCUAAAAGAAGUAGUCGUGGGAAACCACCUCGAUAGUAUUUUCCUGGUAAUGGGAUACUGUGAACAGGAUCUUGCAAGUCUUUUAGAAAAUAUGCAGUCACCAUUUUCAGAGGCUCAGGUAAAAUGUAUAAUUCUUCAAUUAUUGAAGGGGUUGCGAUAUCUGCAUGAAAACUUCAUUAUUCACAGAGACCUUAAGGUGUCUAACUUGUUAAUGACCGAUAAAGGGUGUGUUAAGAUAGCUGAUUUUGGGUUGGCGCGUGCAUAUGGAGUGCCUCUGAAGCCUAUGACUCCAAAGGUGGUAACAUUAUGGUACAGAGCUCCAGAAUUACUAUUAGGAACAAAGACUCAGACUACAGCUAUUGAUAUGUGGGCAGUGGGUUGUAUUCUUGCAGAACUGCUGGCUCACAAACCUUUGCUUCCUGGAAGCUCUGAGAUCCAUCAGAUUGAUCUGAUUGUUCAGUUAUUAGGGACUCCGAAUGAGAAUAUAUGGCCAGGUUUCUCCAACUUGCCGUUAGUGGGUCAGUACACUCUGCGAAAACAGCCUUACAAUAACCUGAAGCACAAAUUUCCAUGGUUGUCGGAAGCCGGUCUCCGACUUCUCAACUUCCUCUUCAUGUAUGAUCCAAAAAAGAGGGCAACAGCAGAGGACAGUCUGGAGAGUUCCUAUUUUAAAGAAAAGCCAUUACCAUGUGAACCAGAGCUGAUGCCUACCUUCCCUCAUCAUCGUAACAAGCGGGCAGCUUCUAGCAUGGACAAUCAACAAAAACGUGUGAAAGUGUAAUGUAAGGAACCUGCUGAAACAGUCGCAGAUUACUAAUCAAGGGAGAAGGAAGAAUGUGCUCUAUUCCAUGGUAAAUGGGUUGAAGUGGCUCUUGCUAUGAGCAACCUAAGGCAAUGCUCUAGUGAAAAUCAGUGCUCAGGAUUGAACGUGAUCUAAUGGAGAAAAAAUUAAUCAAGGAUGUGACUGUAUCCAAAACAUGGUUGGGGGGAAGAAAAAGAAACAUUUAUACAGAAUAAAUAAAAGACUUUAAAAUACUUCAUUGUUGUAUAAAAUUAAUCAACAAUCUUUUAAACUUUGCUAUUCUGUUGCCUGAAAAGUCCAUAAACUGAACAAUUUGCCAACGUUUUGUUUUACUACAUUGUCAUGAGAUGAUUACUUUGAAAACUAUGCUGUGUCUGGAUGUAACAUUUUUGAAAAG